AAUGGCAUCUAGUAUCGUUUUGAAAGAUAGAGGAAUAUUUCGUAGAACGAGAUCGGGUAAUUAUGAAGAUGAAGGUGAAAAUCAUGAAGUAACUUUUGACAGUACCACGGAAAAUCAAGACAUAGUAGUUGGUGAAAACUCAAGGGAAUAUGCUAUGAACAUUCCAAUUGAUAACACCAACGACCGCCCAAUUUUGACUCUCAUCUGUCUAAUAAGCUUUAUAUACGGUUUAUGCCUUAUCACAUUGGGUAUAGGCUUUCCUGUUGUCGAGAUUUCUACAAGAACUUGGGGCAAAAAUAUUCCCGUUGGGAUCUUUCUCGUCUACCUUUACGUUAUUGCUACAAUAUUCUUAGUCUACUGCCACUUCUUUAUUGUUGAACCAAAAAGAGUUAAAGAACCCAACGCUCGAAUAUUUCUAAAGUAUCUAAUAAAAGGAGACGGACCUAGUGGGGACCCUCGUCCGGCGAGGGUUUCAAUCAACAGUACAACUGUCGUUCAUAUAGAGCAUCGCUGGAAUGAUCUUCACAGUGGAACAAAUUUCUACUUAAGACUUGGAGCCUUAGGUUGCUUUAUAGCGAUUUAUAAUCUAUGGAAGUUUAGCCACAAAAUUUCAGCCCCAACAGUAGAUGAUGUUCUGCUGCUAAUAGGCUUGGCAGGAAAUUUUAUAUUGGAGUUUGUAAUCGCUGGUUCGAAUUCAAUUUAUAUUCGUGAUAAUGGCUAUAGUUUGUUACCGGUUCUAAGCAUUGUAUCUUCUCUACUUUCUAUCAGCCAAUCAAUUUUCCAGAGUCUUAUCAUACCAAUUGGUCUUAGAGUUGUUUGUAAAAAUCCAGAGGAUAGGGAGGAAAAGCCUGGAAGGCAAGCGAUUACAUUUAUUUUACUGGGAAAUGUUGCUCUAUGGGCCUCACGUAGUUUUGAGGCAAAAGAAUUACAAAUGGAAACUGUCUCCAAAGUAAUCGGUCAAACUAUGUGGUUGAUUGUUUUGAAUGUUUCGUCCCCAUUAUUGUUAUUUUUUAGAUUUCAUUCAUCGGUUUGCUUCGCACAUAUUUGGAAACAUGCUUAUCAGCCCGAUAAUGACAACUAG